AUGGCGCAACAGUACGAGCUCCCGUUCAAGCUUCAAGAUCCGUCUUUACUCCAUUUUGACUCCUUUGUCGGCAAUGCAUGGGUGACAGCCAAGAGCGGAAAGCGCUUCGAGGUAGUUGACCCAGGUACUGACACGACAUGGGCGAGCUGUCCCAACAAUAGCGCCGAGGACGUGGACGCCGUCGUGAACACGGCACACGCUGCCUUUGAAGAAUUCCGCAAAGUGAAUCCCCGUCAACGCGCCCAAUGGUUGCUCAAGUGGCACGACUUGGUGACGGAGGCCAAGGACGAUCUCGCGCAAAUCGUCACCCACGAGACUGGGAAGCCUCUUGCCGAAUCUUACGGUGAGCUCGAUUACUCGCUCGGAUUUCUCUGGUGGUUUGCUGGAGAAGCAGAGCGCAUUCAGGGAUCGGUCUCGGUGCCUGCUGCGCCCAAUCGCCGGCUGUUCACGAUCAAGCAGCCGAUCGGGGUGGCAGCUGCGCUGGUACCUUGGAAUUUCCCAAUCGCGAUGGUGCUGCGAAAAGUUGGCGCAGCACUCGCAGCUGGAUGUACGAUGAUCGUCAAGCCCAGUCCUGAAACGCCCAUUUCCGCACUUGUGCUAGCCGAGCUGGCGCAACGCGCAGGAAUUCCCGCCGGAGUCUUGAAUAUCUUGACAACAGACUUGGAGAACACUCCGUCUCUGAGUGAAACACUGUGCAAGCACCCACUGGUCAAGAAAGUGACUUUCACGGGCUCGACCCGAGUUGGCAAGCUAAUCGCCGCUCAUUGCGCACACGGCUUGAAGAAGCUCACUCUCGAACUCGGGGGAAACUGUCCGUUCCUGGUGUUCGAUGACGCAAAUCUAGAUCAGGCACUGGAUCAGCUGAUGGCGCUCAAAUGGCGCCAUGCAGGCCAAGCCUGUAUCACAGCCAACCGUAUCUAUGUCCAAGCCGGCGUCUACGAUCGCUUUGCGUCAAUGUUGAAAGAGCGCACGAGUGCUCUGAAAGUCGGUCAUGGUGCUGCGGACGGUACCACAAUGGGUCCCUUGACCACUCCCCGCAGUAUUGACAAAGCCAUCGCUCAAGUUGAAGAUGCUCGCAAGCACGGUGCAGAGGUCCUGCUGGGAGGCAACCGGAUGAGCGCGCAAAAGGGAUACUUUUUCGAGCCAACCAUUCUCACAGGAAUGACAGACAAGAUGCAGAUUUCGCAUGAGGAGUCCUUUGCCCCUAUCGCGGCAUUGUACCGGUUCGAGAGCGAGGAAGAAGUGGUAAAUUUGGCGAAUAAGACUAGCAUGGGUCUAGCCAGCUACGCUUUCACCAAGAAUAUUGAUCGGAUGUGGCGCUUGCUCGAGAACCUUGAGGCUGGCAUGAUCGGUAUGAAUACGGGUAUGUUUUUUCAAGCGUCUCCUCGAUCGUUCGCAUCUCACAAUGCUAAUGCGGUGCUCGAAGGAAAUUCAUCUGCUGCUGAAUCUCCGUUUGGCGGCAUGAAGGAAUCAGGAUACGGUAAAGAGAGUGGCAAAGAUGUUGCCGUCAACGAAUAUCUGGUGACCAAAACGGGAACUCUGACAAUUGAGGGCCAAUACUGA